AUGGAAACUUUUUACGAACCUGAGAAAAUGGAGGUCGGAGCGGGAGGGCGGGAGGGGGCCCACGAGGGUGGCGACUGUGUUGCUGUGCAGACUGCAGAGGGAGUUGGGGGCAGCGCUGGUGGGUCCAGAGGGAGAUGGGCGUGGUUGGACGAUGCUCCAGUCGCCGGAGGGUACAGAGGCAGACGGGAAGGGCCAAGGGGCCGAAAGGCAAAGGAGGGCGCGGCGGCGCUGGACGGUGCAGAGGGCAGACGGGAAGGGCCGAAGGGGCCCAAGGCAGAGGAGGGCGCGGCGGCGCUGGAGGGUGCAGAGGGAGAUGGGCGCGGUGGGAUGAGGCUCCGGUCGUCGGAGGGUGCAAAGGCAGACGGGAAGUGGCCGAAGGGCGUGGAGGGCCUGGAGAAGGAGGCGUGA